GCAUAUGAUAUAUACAUCCGGGUUGUAAUGAGAUUUUGAUUUACUUUCCUGGUUUGUCACAAUAAAGCCCAUAAGUGUUUGAUACUCGACAAUGUGUAGAUUUAUUAUUGGAAGCUGAUCUAUACCGCUAUCCGUCAAAUCUCAUUUUAGGAACUACAGAUGUCGACUGAAAUAUUGGGUUUUGUAUUUUUCGUUUUCUGUCUACAAGUACAGAUUGGAUUUUCCCAACCUCUUGGUAUAAAACGUGACGAUGAGCGAUGCAUAGCGGAGGAUUACACGCUCAAUAUAAAAUCGUAUUUGAAAGAUGAAUUAAGCGAUUUGGAAAAAAGACUGAAAAAAGAUUUUUCAAAGAAUAUACAAAACCUCAAAACACAGAUAAACCGACUUACAAAUUGUCCUCGAGGCUGGAGCAAACAUGGCACAUCAUGUUAUAAGUUAAACAAACGAAAAUCAACAUGGAAAACUGCUGAUCAAUUCUGCCGAGGUCUGUCAGGGAAAUUAGCUGAAAUUGGCACGAAGAGUGAAAACGACUUUAUAAAAAAUCUCAUUAAAAAUAACUCUGGAACAGAACGAGCCUGGUUAGGUGGGGCAGACACGGCAGAGGAAGGUACAUGGAUCUGGAGUUUUUCAGAAAUACCGCUGAGCUUUAAGAACUGGAACAAGGGUGAACCCAAUGACGACAAAGGAAAGGAAGACUGUUUGGAAAUACUGGGAACACAAAACGGACUCUGGAAUGACUUGCCAUGCUCAUAUUCAUCGGCGUCUGUUUGUGAAAAAGACUUGUAGUAUGUGUUUGUGUGUUUAUGUGUGUAUAUGUGAGUAUGUGUGCGUGUUCUAUACUGUAACUAACAACGAAAGGGACUCGUUUUUGCCUUCCAUAGAUUGUACACAUGGUUAUUCUGUCUGUAGAUUAAUCUAAAUUACUGUCCCAAAAAAUCAUCUUCGUCUAUCAUGACUUGUCAAAUGAGAUGGUCAAAUUCUAAUGUAGAGUUGUUACGCAUGUAUAUUUUUAAACAAUGCAUUUGCGUUAUUACAAUACUGUAAUGUACUGUUAUUUUCUCGAUCAAUACCUGCUGUUGUUUACGUUGAUAAAAUGUUUUUCAAGUCAAUUGAAAGAUUUACUUCCUGGUCCAAAGUGGAGUCAUGGUUUGAAUUUAUAUAGGAAACAUCUUCAUGCAGGGUACCAUAAGACUGAAAUUUCUUAAAUAACUGUGCAAGCAUUCCCACAAAUUUGUUUAAUUCAUGACCCAUGUUGAUCAAAUAAACUUUUUUUCUCUAGCAAAUUCAA